AAAAAAUCCAAAAAUGUUGCUGACCUUACUGCUGAUAUCAAUUGUGUCCUUGGCUUUGUAUUUGUUCAACAAAAUGAUUGUGAUGCCUACCAUGUACAGAACCAAAUAUAGUAAAUUUUCAAAUGUUAAGAUGAGCUCGAAAGCAACCAUGUUUAAAGGAGAUGCAGUUGAAGUGAAACAUAACAUUGACAGUGGAAAACAUGCAUUUUCACAUUACAUCGAUUUGGCUGUCUCUGAAGAACAUACAGAUAUUUACCUAAAGUUUGAAGGCCCAAAUCCUGUUUUUGUGAUGCUUUCUCCAAGAGCUCUUGGGCAAACUAGCAAGCUGAUGCCUUCCAGAAUAGACAGAGAUGAUAGUCUGAUCAAUCAAAAUUUUGGCAAGAUAUUUUACAAUAGUCUCAAUCAAUUAAAGUCUGAUGCAAACUGGAAACUCAGAAGGAAUACCUUAAUGAAAGCUAUUGGACUCAGUUUUGCACCUACAUACAUUCAGAAACUUCUUGAUUGCAUGAACAGAGUUGUGGUAUCUUGGAAACCUAAAACAACAGUAGACUUUACGAAUGAGUUUGCAGCUGUAGAGACCUCCUUUAUGACACAAGCUCUACUUGGCAAAGGCUUUGACCACUCACAAUUUAAGUUUGAUUAUCAAACACAAUCUAACAGAGUUAUCCAAAUUACUUUGCAUGAAGUCAUGGCCAGACUUAGACAAGAAUGUGUGUCUAAUGUUGACAAUAAGCUUGAAGUGUUGCUUCCGUUCAUCAACGACUACAACCUUUGUCAGCCAUUCAGAAGGAUCAUGACCAAUGUCAAGCAUAUGAGUACAAAAAUCCAAGAAUUCUUGCAAGAUUCCCAAGACCAAGAGUCUGUUUAUGCUAAAGUCAAACAAGAAACUGUCUGUACUGACGAUGAGCUACUUGCUGAUAUUCUGUGUCUUCUGUUUCAAGGCAUUGGCUCAACUUCUCAUGUAACUGCUUUACUCAUGUAUUACUUGAACAAACAUCCACAAGUGAUGGACAAGUGCAAACAAGUUUAUGAAGAACACGGAAUCACCACCAAUGGAGUCUUGCAAACACACAAACUGACUACAGGUGACUUAGAGAACUGUGAAUAUGCUGACUAUGUCAUCAAAGAAGCUCUCAGACUGAACACUUCGGUCUCUAAGACUGCUGCUUAUAGAACACUCGAAGAUGUGGUCAUCUGUGGAGUCCCAAUCAAGAAAGACAACUGGAUUACUCUCGAAAACAUUGGAUGUUUGCUUGAUCUAAAACACUGGCAUGAGCCAUUAGAAUUCAUUCCAGAAAGGUUUGAUCCAGAGUCUGAGUAUUUCAAGUCUCCAAUGACAGGAAAGGCAAGGGAUCCGUGAGCAUAUCCUCCAUUUUCAGCAGGGUUGAGGGCAUGCCCAGGACAAGCACUGGCUAAGCUUGGGAUUAGAGUAGCAUUGCCAUUCCUGAUCACAAACUUAGAUUAUGAUAUCCAAUAUGUUAAGAAAAAUAUUUUGACAACUCCACCUGAAACUGAAGAGGAGCAAUUAUCUGUGGAAACGCCAAUUAGCUUCAGCAAUGAAUCUCAGCAUCAUCUUGAGAUAGAUAUCAAAGCAAAUAAGUUACAUAAAUAG